AUGCGCAAAAAUGGAGAGCGAGAAAAUUCCAAAACCAAGCUGGCACCAUCGCAACAGAGCGAAGUUUUUCCCGCGGAACUGCUUGCAGAGUAUUCUGGGAGUUGGUCUUCUGACGGGGAUAGCGCCUCAUCGGAUUACAUGUCUAGCACCUCUUCCUCCUCCUCUGAUGUCUCGUCGGACGAUGAGCGUGCACCACAUUCAUCUGCCACUUAUCCUCAGAGUGUGAAUUCUGCACGCAGUUGCCACUUCCUAAGCCGAGCAGGCGUAUUUACCAGGGAGGAAAUUAUCGAACAGGCAAUCGAGUCCUGGACCGAAUACGUGCGCCUCUGUCGGCGUUCGUUGAGCUUACUACGUGAGAACAUGGUCGAGAAGUACGUGCGCUGUGCUGUAGAAGAAAAGUUUGCCAGUUGUUCUGACUCCGUAUCUCACGACUCCCAUCAGUACGAUGGGUCAAACUCAACCGGAAAAAGAAACCUGUCUCUGGCCAAUCACGCAAUCAUUCCGAGGCAGUCGCGUGAACUGCGUGCUCUGCGACGUUUGGGUCGUUACUCCUCCAAGAUAGAAAACCAGCGGCGGGUGGCUGCGCUGUCAAAAUUUGCCAUAAUCAGUGCCCGCUUAGCGCCUUGGAAGAAGACAGGCGUGGGCACCCAGUGCAAGUACCGGGAUCCCACAACUACCACCUGGGAGCACCGUUGCACUCGACCCUGCCUUCCCACCCUCUCCUUCUGUGCCGCCCAUCUGGUGCAGUCUCGUCCACCACCUCUCCCCGCUAGCACUUCUGCCGAAUCAGGCCCACCGGAGUCCGGUCCGGACGUUGUUAGCAAUUCCACGUUUGCAAAGACCGCUGAUGUCCAGUCGCCACCCCAACAGGUAUAG